AUGGACAAUUUGAGAACACAUAAACGCAUUCACAGUGGGGUUCGUCCUCACAAAUGCGAAAUAUGCGAUAAGACAUUCAGAACAAUGGCUGCCUUGAGAGUACAUAAAGUCAUUCACAGUGGGGAUCGUCCUCACAAAUGUGAAAUAUGCUAUAUGACAUUCACACAAAUGAGUAGCUUGAUUGUACAUAAACUCAUUCACACUGGGGAACGACCUCACAAAUGUGAAACGUGCAAUAAGACAUUUGCUCGAGUGAAUACUUUGAGUAGACAUGUGCUUAUUCACACUGGAGAAAGGCCUCACAAAUGUGAAAUAUGCGAUAAGACAUUCACACAAACGAGUAGCUUGAGUGUACAUAAACUCAUUCACAGUGGGGUUCGUUCUUAUAAAUGUGAAAUAUGCUCUAGCACUUUCACACGAGCAAGUAGUUUGGCAAAUCAUAUGCUCAGUCACAGUGGGGUUCGUCCUCACAAAUGUGAAAUAUGCCAUAAGACAUUCAAAAAAAUGGCCAAGUUGAGAGCACAUAAAUUCAUUCACAGUGGGGUUGGUCCUCAUAAAUGUGAAAUAUGCCAUAAGACAUUCAGACAAAUGAGUGUUUUGAGAGCACAUAAACUCAUUCACACUGGGGAACGACCUCACAAAUGUGAAAUAUGCUCUAGGACAUUCACACAAGCGAGUAGCUUGAAAACUCAUAUGCCCGUUCACAGUGAGGUACGGCCCUAUAAGUGUACAGUAUGUGAUAAAACAUUUGCACGUCCAAGCAUCCUGAAAAAGCACAUCGUUGUGCACAACAAUAGGUAA